AUGGUUCGUCAUUUGGAUCUUUCUAGUUUCUCUACCUGCGGCUUACAAAAAAGUUCUUUUGAAAUUCAAAAUGUCGCCACUCCAGAUCUUUUAAUACAUAUUCUAAGAUCUUUCCCCGAAUUAAAAGCUUUUUCCGUUUUAUUUUUAGAAUGUAAAAACAUCAAAGCUAUCGAUUUUUGUGGUUGUGUUAGUAAACAAUUUAGUAACGCUUUAGAUGAAAUCUCUCGAUCAAUUGGUCGCGUUAAAAUUGAGCAAUCUUGUAAUGAUUAUGAUGAAACAACUAUUUCUUUUAAUAUGAAUUCCAAACCUUUAUUAUCUCAUUUACAAAGACUUUCAUUUCAUGAAUGCCCUACAAUUUCUGAAUACUCAAUCAUCAUACCCCUUCUCGCUCAUACUCCAAAUCUUACACAUCUUGAUUUGGGAGGUUGUUCUAUCAGCGAUUUAACUUUAAAUUUCUCAAAUAUUCCAAUUAAAUUAUCUCAUUUAUUAUUGGCUAAAUGCAAAAAUAUUUCAUCCAAUGCUAUUUCAUCUCUUGUCUCAAAAUGUUCUCAAUUGGAAACUCUUAAUCUUUAUGGUGACAGAGAUAUCACUACUGUUAUUAGAGAAUAUGAUUUAGUAACCAUACUUCGAUCACCCAAUGCAAAGAAUUUCCGGACAUUAGAUAUUGGAUCAUCGCAAAUAACCCCUUUGAUUUUAACAUCUAUCAAAGAGAAUUGUUCAUCAUUACAAAAUCUUGGAAUUUCAAAAGCUCAAAUUACCAACUUGAAUCUUAUCAAAGAUCUUUUAACAUCAUUGCCGAAUUUACAAUACAUUGAUCUCACUUCAAUCCCAUGCUUUAACAUUUUAAACACAAACAAUUUGCUUACUGAUAUAAAAAAGAAUAAGCAUCCUAUUAAUACAAUCGAAAUGAGUGAAUCAUUACUUAAAAAACUUUACGCAGUUGACGGAUGGAAAAUUGAUGUAAAUUAUGGUAGAAGAUGGUAUUACUCUCGGGAAGCUCAAAGAGAAGCGAUCCGACCUGAUAGAGUACAUGGUAGAAAAUUGGACAUAACUGAAUAUGGUCCAGAAUUUAUGAGCAAAAUUUUUCUAUAUUAUAGCUUUGAUGCAUAA